AUGCCCCUACCCCCACAUCAACCUUUCGCCAUAUUGGGCGAAAGAGAAGGGUUGUCUGCAGUUUCUCUCGCUACGGGACAAAAUUGACAGAGCGCCUUCAGUUCCUGAGCACUUUGUUUUGAUGAGACUACGCAGGGCUUCACAACACGGCGGCUGUUCGCGUCUUCGUUCCGACGUAUGCAUGGCAUAACGCGUUUUACGCUUGUUUUGGAGCUUUCUCAGCGAAGAGGAGAUAACCGUUGUUUUUGAGUGUUGUGUGUGUGUGCUGCUUUUUUGUUUGUUUGUUUUUUUUCCUCCUCGUGAAAAACUGGACGCUCCGGGCUGUUUUAAAAAAUUGCGUGUUUCGCUGGAGCAAAAUGUCAGAUGUUCGACUUUCAAACGGGAGCCCGACGCUGGAGCGGACGGACUCAAGGCAGUCUGAACACCCGAAACCCUCAGCCUGCAGGAGCCUCUUCGGCUCGGUGGAUCACGAAGAGUUAAAGAGGGAUUUAAAGGGACAUUUGCGGGAGUUGGAAGAGCGCGCCUCCGACCAGUGGGGCUUCGACUUCGCCACUGACACGCCGAGGGCCAACUCCAGGUUCGAGUGGAAACUAGUGGAUUGCAGAGACCUGCCGGGCUUCUACACUCGGCAGCCGCUUACGAAGAAAGGCGUCUGCUCCACUGGGAAUAACAAUGUGGAUCUUAACGGGAAUCACAGUUGUGUUGUGGUGCCUCCGAGCGAAGAUCCCGACAGGGCUGACGGGCAAAUGGAGUGCACGGAACAGUGUACAGCGCUGAGGAAAAGACACGCGUGUCACGACUCCCCUGUUCCGAGCAAGAGGUCACACAGCAGCUCAGAUGUUAGUUGUCCAAGUCGGAGUCACUCUGCAGAGCACACGCCCAGAAAGACCAGUCCCAAGAGGAAAACGUGAGAAAAGAACUGAAGAUGAAUGCCCCCCCCCUCCUUGUUUAACAUGGAGAAACCUCAGUGUUGGCUGGUUUGUUUGUUUUAGGGUUUUUUUUGUAAUUUUUUUUGUUGUUGUUGUUUUUAGUUUAGUGUUUUGUUUUGUGGGGGUUUUUUUGUUUUGGGGGUUUUUGGGGUGGGUUUUUUUUUUUUUUUUUUUUUUUUUUUUUUUUUGGAAGAGGAUCUACACAGCAUCAGAAACAUAUCAACCUUCCUGAAGAUUGGGGAGGACGCUGUUGAAGCACUGAAUAGAAACACUAAAUUUUUUUUGGCACUUAAUUAAAAGUUACUGCCUCUAAAAGCAGUCGAUGUAGCAGUGUGCAAUUAGGUUUAAUUUACUUUGCUCCUUUUUUUUUUUUUUUCUUUUUUUUUUUUUUU